CAUUUUGGUUCAGUAAACAAUUCUACCGGCGGAUGUGCUCUCCCAGAAGAGCGCCCUACCGCAUGCAGUUUCUUCUAUCUUUCACAGUCAUUUAUCGGCUUGUAAAAUUUAGCAAUGACCGCGUCUUUGGUUGUGCAGAGGUUAGCAGGAGUGUCCGGGGCGCUUGCUGUCACGGCUGGGGCAUACGGAGCUCACGGUUUCAAAAACAAAGAUCCAGACGAUUACUCGAUAGUGACAGUUCUGGUCUCUAAUGUAUCUACCUCUCCUCAGCUGUAUGAGACGGCCAACAAGUACCACUUCUACCACAGCAUAGCUCUGCUGGGGGCCUCUCGCUGUAGGAAACCUGCUGUGGCGGGCGCCCUCCUGGUAGCAGGCAUGGGGGCGUUCUGUGGCUCCUUGUAUCACCAGGCCCUGACGGAGGACCCUGUCCUGAGGAAACUGGCUCCUUACGGGGGCAUGUUACUGAUCGCUGGCUGGCUGGCCAUAGCCAUCUGAACUCUGACAUUUUAACCACUGACCCCUACUUGGACCCUACUGGUGGUGAAUGACCUCUCUACAGGACACAAACUGACUUAUGUUCAGAGAAGAAGGGGCGUUGGUAAAAUGUCACUUAUCUAAACCCUGCUGUUGUUCUGUCAUGGGUGUAAAGAGAAGAUAAGGUUGUGAGGGAUCACUUUUGACAUUUUUCCGUCAUCACAGGCUGCAAUGUACCCGUGACUUAAAUGUCUCUGUUUUUGUGUUUGGGUGUUAACGCACACAUGUUUCAGUUUGAAUGGAUCCGAAAGACUAAUGUAUAUUAAUCCUUUAUCAUAAAUAAACCUCUUGAAAAGA